AUGCGCGUCCUCAGAUCCCUCAGAGCUCUGCUAUCAGGCCCCCUCCAGUCACACUGUCCAGCGUGCCGGUCAUCUCCUCCCCAAAUCGCCCAAUUCUCCUCUACCGCCCCCUCAGCCGCAUCACGCUCCUUCGGUCUGCCGACAUCCUCCUCAUCCUCUUCUUCCGGUACAUACACAUCACGCGGCCCGAGCGCGUCCGACAAAUUCUCGGGACCUCGUCGCGAAGAUAGCAAGGACUGGGUCAAAGACUUUGGCACCGAGCAGAGAGGUCCUCGGUCCGCAGGCAGCCCGGGAGCGAUAAGAGAGGAAGCGCGAGAGGGUGGCCAGGGGGAUCGCAGGGUGGGUGGAGAUGGAUCGCGUCUACUGGGUCGUGGGCACGCUGCUGGCAGGGAGUGGCAGCGGCCAGCUGGGCGGGGUGAGGGCGGCUUCUCAAGCGGAGGGCGAUCACAUCGGAGACGAGAAGGAGGGGAUGACAGAGGAGGUGAUGCAUCUCGCGGGGACGCGUCGAGGUGGGCGGGGCGAGGCGGCUCGGAGGAAGCUCAGACGAUGGGAAGGUCUCUGCCUUAUCGGCAGAACGGAAGCAAGCCAGAAUGGGAAGACAGGCGGGGAGGCGGGGAGAGGCAGUUCGGACGUCAAGCCGAUCGACCGAACUUUCAGCCGAGGCGCUCGGAAAGGAUGGCAGGGGACCGGCCUGGGUACAGCAAUUGGCGGCAGAGAGAGCAAGGAGCUGGGAGGGACUCAUUCAAGGGGCGGAACCUAUUCGGCGAUCGGUUGCCCAGGGACGAUCCCCAGCCCGCUCCACCGCGAGACAUCCCCUCCCUCCACGCCUUAUCCGCCGGCACACUCACUGGCUCCUCCACCUCCCCACCACCAACACCUACCGGCUGGGCACCUACCAAAAAGCUCACCUUCGCGGCCAUGUCGGGCCUCCGGGCACUCCAUCACGCCGAUCCAAAGCUAUACCACCGGGCGAUGCUCGCUGAGAAAUUCGGGAUUUCGUAUGAUGCUGUCGGGCGAAUCCUGCGCAGUCGGUUCGAGCACAAGAAGGAGCAGGCGGCGAUACGUGAGGCGGAGGCGAAGGAGGCGGGGCGGGGCCGGACGGGGUAUGUCGAGCGAGAAGAGGAUUUGAGUCCUGUGCCUGCGAUUCAGAGGGCAGUGGCGCAGAGAGAUGCGAUCAGGAGGGCAAGUGAUGGACAGUAG